AUGGAUAGAAGACGUGUUUGCGAUGCGUGCUCAGUCCGGCGUGUCAAAUGCGACGGUCAAGCACCAUGUACUGCCUGCCUCAGGUCAUCAAUCGAAUGUACACGCGUGAGGCAGAGAAUAAAGUCUGGCCCCAAGGGUGUACGGAAAAAGACGCUCGACCGACUGAAGACAGUCAGGAGACAAAAUAACGAAACCCUCGAUCCUGCACCGAGUGAUACGUCCGAGUAUCGCGACGACGAUCCGAGGUUUGAUGUCCUAGGAGCCACUCCGACUUCUGCAGACCAUCCUUCUUGCCCGAUCGAAGAGUUCUUUCCACCAGAGCUAGGAAACAGCUACGCAAGAAUAUCCAAUAACAGUCAGCAACUGCCUUCAGAAGUGCCACAAACACCGUCAUGGCCAUUCCGUGUCAGUCCCGCCCUUCUGGAACCAUAUCUGGACAUCUACUACUACAAACUUUUUCCGGUCUGGCCAAUUGUGAACAAGGAUCUACUCACCGCAAGAUUGCAGGCUGCUGAGCCUGAUGUGACUACCUAUAUGCUGGCCAGCAGCGUCUGUGCAGCUACGAUGGUUCAACUCCAACUUUCAGACACCGGGCCUUGCGGUGAUGUUCUCGAGCCUAGUAUUAUGCUUGCAGAGAUUGAGGAUCUUCGACGGACCUACGACCAUCGGGAAAGUCCCAGCAUCGAUUACUUGGCGACGAGUUUCUUCAUGCAUGUUGCCUAUACGAAUCUUGAUCGUUUGACGACGAGUACGCUUCUGCUCAGAGAAGCCGUUACCCUUGCUUAUAUACUCGAUCUCCACAGACCCUGCCAUUACGACGAGGUCACGCCCAUGGAGAGACAGAGUCACCUGCGAAUGUUCUGGAUCUUGUUUAUCACCGAGAGAGCGCAUGCCACACAACACGACAUCCCCUGCGUCAUGGCAGUUGAUUCAAAUAUGCCAGAACUGGAUGUCGAGAGUCAACCCGCUGUGCUAUCCCCCUUGAUCAUGCUAUGCAGAAUGUUCAGAUCAUUCUGCGAAGGUUCGAGUAGCAGUUUGACAUCAGACAGCUUGACAUCCUUCAACAACCAGCUGCUGAGAAUACCAACCAUGACAGAAGAUCACAAUGAGCUUCAAAAGGCUGAUCUCUCGGUCACGCAACAAUGGCUGCGGCUCAUGUUUUGGAAACUCGCCAUCAACAAGGUCGUCAUGACGGCAAAUUCCACAGACGAUAUUCGAAGCGUUUUCUUCCCCAUCUCUCUGGCCAAAGAGCUGCUAACGAAUAUUUCUGCAAUGUCAAUCGAUACGCUCGAAGCUCAUGGUCCGGGUAUGGAGCUCAAACUCUUCGAAGUCACAAACUCGGUCGCCGAUAUCAUAACACUCAACUCUCUACAAUCACACACCUCGACACUUCAACUCGGACCCCAAGACAUUCUUGUUCAUCUUACAAACAUCAUUGGUAGAUUCAGGNGUGGCAAUAGAACGUUGCUGCCAAUACUGCAAUCUCGACUUUCGGGCAUUGGGCUUGGAUCUGCAGUUUUGCCACGGAUAACGGAUGUUACAUAUGAUUCCCCAAACACGAAUCGCGAAAAAGGCUCGAUCGAGAGCAACGAAGCCAUCAUGGCUGAUCAGAGCCUAUGCGAUGACCAGUCAAGUGGAUUUUAUGGUCCAGAGGCAGUCUAUCAUAUCACUUCGACAGAGUGGUGA